AUGGGCGGCGAGGGAGGGGCUGGACCCGCGACCUUUGCAGAGCCGGCGCCGCUCCUUCCUCUGACGCCACUCGCAUCUCUCUCUCAGGAGAGAGUGGACUCGCGUCCUGGCACGGGGGGUGGACGCUGCAGCGCAGGACUCGUCGGCGGCCCCAGAGCUCAGCUCGUCAGCCGUCCUCCUCAGUGGCGCCGUCUCCCUCCGCUCUCCGGCGCACCCUCACGCCUCCCUGUUCCCGCAGCCCCGGCCGCUGCCCAGGCUCCUCCCCGAGCCGACUCCGAACCCUCGCGCUACCCCCCAGCCCCACCGCGCGGCCCACGGCUGUCAUGGCAACAGGCGGCCACCGCCGCCGCCGCCGCCGCCUCUUCACGCACGUAG